AUGAGCAGCGGGAGUGGCAGCGUAUCUGGCGGCGGGAGGGGAGUACCAGCUGAAGGUGGCAAAAUUGCACUGUACUCCCUCCUUGUUUUCAAGUGGCACAGCGAGCGCCCAUUGCUCCUCUCCGCCGCCGUCGAUGUAUCAUCCUUCCCCUUCUUCCACAGGUCCACCAUGAAGGAGCACAUCAUCUUCCACUCCAGACUCAUCGCCGCGAGAACCCCGCUUGGACGGCGGCAAGUCGUGGAGUUCGAAAACAAAAUUGGCCACUGCCACGUUUACUGCCACCCUAGUGGACUGGCCAUCACGGCUCUCUCUUCGGUCAGCUAUCCCAUGCGCGUCGCUUUCGGGCUAAUCAAUGAGGCCCUCAGGCUCUUUCAAGAGAAAUGUGCAGGGCAGUGGGAGGGCCUCACAGAAGACGCCCCAGGAGCCAAUAUGCUACCUGAGGGUGCAGAUAUGCUGAAGAAGUAUCAAAAUCCAUUGGAAGCAGACAAGCUUUUAAAGGUUCAGCGGGAACUUGAUGAAGUCAAAGACGUUAUGCUCAAAAAUAUAGACGAACUGUUGCAGCGGGGCGAAAAACUGGAUGACUUGAUGCAGCGCAGUGAGGACCUCUCGAAUACCUCCUACCAGUUUUAUCGGCAGGCUAAAAAGACAAACAGCUGCUGCAGCAGUCUGUAUUAA